AUGAGUCACUCUCUUAAAGAAGCUAAUUACAGUGUUAAUUAAGUCGAAUGUGAAAUCCUAUAAGAAUAUUUAGGAUAGCCUAAGGCUUAGUCAUUAAUGUAUUAUUUCUUGAUCAUUCUUCUUCUAGAUAGUAAUUUGCCAAGUCUUCAGAAUUUAACAUAUUAGUCACACCUUCAGGAUUAGUAGUAUAAUGCUGUGGAAACACAAAUAUCAUCAAGAAAUUUGGUACUCUUCAAAUGUCUAAGGGUACACAUAUAUGGGAAAUUAUAGCAAUAUAUGAUUGUAGUCAAAUGCAAGUAAUUAUUGAUUAUUAUUCAAGAUUGGAGUGAGCACUGUUAGUAAGCCAGGAUAAGAGAAAGUGUAUUUAUAAUCGUUCACAGCAAGUACAAUUAGAACAAUCACAGUUAUUCUUAAUAUUGAAUUAGGAGAAGUUAAUUUUUAUUUGAAUGGAAAUCAUAAUUAAAAAAAAACAAUUCCAGUUGAAAAGAAUGCCACCUAUGUUCCUUUAGUUUAAUUUGCACCACAUGGAAAAGUUGCAGCUAUUAACCCAUUUGCUUAGCACCCAAAUCUUAAUUAUCCAAGAAUUAAAUGUUUGCCUCUUAAUUUAUUUACAAAGAAAAAUGAAUUUUAAAUGCCAAAUUUGGUUUUUGCAUAGAAUUUUACAAAAAUUGAAUUAAAAGAGUUCAAUUGUGAAUAAAUGAUUAAAAUUUCAAACAACUUUGUAUAUUUUAACAACAAUAAAAUGAAAUUGCUUAGACCCAAAUUAGGAAAAUCAAGUAUUGAUGAAACUUAAUUAAUUAAUAUAUUUAACAAUAAACCAGAGACUCCUUAAUCUUUGAUAUUUAUUAAAUUAAUGAAAUAGCAUUAUAAAUUAAUUUCAGCAACUUUUACUUGGAAGAAAUCUUUAAACAAUGGAUAUACAAAUCCAUAAAUGAUUGAAUAAUUUCAUUACUAUUGGAUAUAAGCAAAAUAAGUUGAAUCAUAAGUAUUGAUCUAAAUUCCAUACAUUUUGAUGAAAUAAAUAGUUCUAUCUUAGUUGGAUGAAUUUGAAUAAGAUUUUGAACUUUUAUAAAAAUUAGAUGAAUAGGUGGAGAGCUGCAAAGUUCUAAAAAUAAUUAGAGUAUUAUUGGAGAUAGAUGAAUAAUUAUAUGCGAUGACAUUAAACAACUAAGCAUUUGAAAAAUUCAAUUCCUCUACUUCAUUUAAUUUGGUGCCAAGAAUAUUCUCAUAAUUUCAUAGAUUGCAUACUUUCUUAGAUUCGAAUAAUUAUCCCUAUGAUAUCAUAUAAUUAACAGAAUUGGGUUUAAUGAAACUCCCUGGUUUCUCAAAUUUAUUUCGACAUUUUACAAAUUACAGACAUCAAAUUGAACCAAUUACUUAUCAAAAUGAUCUAUCUAGUAUUUUGCCAGCUGAAAAAAUUUAUAGUUAUGUAGACAUUCCUUUAGCAUUGACUAUUAACAAUAUUCCAUAUGUAGAUUUGGAUGCAAACCUCUAAAUUGUAAGGUCUGUUAAUGAAUCAAUCUAUUUCACUCUUGUCGAUGAACAAGGAAAAAUAUAAAUUUGGAAUGGAGAAUUGAGUUUACAUAAAUGUUUACAAUUUAAUCUUAGAUCAUUUGAAGAGAAGGUAGAAGAUUAGAAUUCAUUGGCCCCAUUAUUUGCUGAGCCUUAAUCAGAAAAUAAUCAAUCAUCAAAUAUAGAAAAUUAGGAUAGCUAAAGUGAGGAAGCUCAAGAGGCAGUUGUUCCAAAUGAAGAAUUAUUGGAAUAACUUUACAAUAUGGGUUUUUCAAUUGAAGCUUCAAAACAAGCAUUAAUAGAAACCAAAAAUAAAAUUGAAGAGGCAAUUGAAAAAGUAUUUACAAUUGAAGAGCAAAAAGCUAAAGAGAAAUAGCAAUCACCACAAUAAGAAAUUAAAUUACCAAAAUUAAAACCUUAUUGGACUUGCAAGGAAUGUACACUACUUAAUUCAAAUGAGAACAUAAAAUGUUAAGCAUGUGACGCCUAACCUCCCUAAGAUGCAUUUGAAAAAGAAGAUGUCAUCGAAAUCUAAGAGCAACUAUCAGAGUAGCAAACAGAAGGUAUAGAGGAAAAGAAUAAAAGGAUAUAAGAGGAUAAUAAUGAAAGACUUCGAAAUAUUUUCAAAACUUCAAAAUUAUCAAAUCUUAUUUAAAUCAAUCUAUAAAAACCAUUUAGACAUUUGUUAUUUGCCCAUGUUUUUACUACAGAACAAUAAUCUUUUUUAGUUCUUAAUAGAUUCUUUUAGAGUAUCAGAUACUUAAGCUAAUUUUUUAGAACCAAUAAUGAAGGAAGUUAUUCCAUUUUAACUAACAAAUCAUACCCAUAAAUAGUCAAUUAUUAAAAUUUAUUAAAAUUAUUAAAUGAAGGAGAAAAUAGUAGAUUUAUAUAUCAAACAUUAUAUCCAGUUCUAACAGUAAAUAUAUUUUAUAUAUCAUUAGCAAUCACAAGAAGAAUUUGAAUUUAAAGAUUAAAUCAUUUUAGCAAUAGAUGAAAAUAUAACAAACUUAAAUUUUCAAGAUGACAUGAUUGUUAUUUAAGGUACUACUAAAGUUUGGGAAUGUUCUUUAUUUGAUGGUAUUUAUGAUUAUUAUCAUAUAAGGUGAAAACUAUUAACCAAAAUUGAUCGUAGUCAAUAAAUAAGAAAAAGAAGUAAUUACAAAUUAAUUGUAAGAAGCUCUAGAAAAAGAAUAAGCAAUUAUUUAAUAACAUGAUAUAAUUGAAUCAUUUGAUGAUUUGAAAAAAUUAACACCAGAAGAAAUUUCUGAUUUGGCUAAAUUAAAUGAACAUCAAGAUGUUUACUUUUAACCUAUUAGUAAUAAUCCUAUGCUCUUAUCAUAAUAAAAGGGUGAUUCUUGGGCUAAUAUUAUUGUAGAUGUUGACUAAACCAGUUAGAAUUAAAUUGAAUUAAAUUUAUUCAAUUAGUAAUAAAUGAUGAAAUUAUUUGUUACAGGAUUUAGUGAUAAAAAGUCUGAUUUUAAAUCUGAAGGAUGGGUGUCGAUAGAUGGAUUGAAACCUGAGAAAGAUGAUCAAUUGCCCCUUACUAUCUUUACCCACAAAGGAUCUCAAUUCAAUGUUCAAUAGUGUAUAUCAAAAAUAUGUUUUGUUCAAUAAGAAAUAUUCUCUACAGUUUAUUCUAAGCCUGAAUUCAUCUUCAAGCAUUUACAUGGAAAAUUAAUGAGUUUUUCUAAGUUCUCAGUUGCAAGUCCAAAUAAAUUUUAAAAUACAGGAGUUCCUUUAGGAUCUGGAUUGAUAUUUAUUGGAAAUAAUGCUAAUGACUUUUAAUAUUGUUAGAAAUUUUCAAAUUUUAAUAAAGAAAAAUAUUAGCAAUGGUUAUAGGAAAGACAAAAAGAUAUUAGACCUAUGAAAUCUUGGGAACCGGUGGCAUUUUUUGAAUUAGGACCUAAUGAAGAAUAAUUGACAUUUUCUUUGGAAAAUCCAAAAAUUGGAAGAUAUGUGUUUUUAAUGACAUUAUCAGCAAAAUAGACAGAUUAAGUUAAAUUUGAGUAAAAUCCAUUGACUUUGAAUUAUUUUGUUGCGUAUGGUACUGUUGUAAAAGAAAAUAUAGGAGAUUAAUUAAUUUAAAGCCAAUAAUCUUUAGAGCUAUUUAAGGAAAUAUCAUUAAAGGUGAAUGGAGCUGUUUUGGAUAAAGGAUAAUGUUAAUUUAGAGAAGAUACUUAUGGUAAUUACAAUAAAUAUAUCUGUGAAAUUCCUGCAUCUUUAUUAGCUAAUGUCCAAAACAUUAAAAUUGAUUUCCAAAAUUCUGAAAUCAGUUUUCUCUAAAUUAGUGGAGUUAAACAAAAAGAUAUUAAUUAAAAGCUUUUACAAAAACUACCUUAAGCUCAUCUGAUAACAACUCUAAUGCAUGAUGUAUCUAAAUAUGAAGAAUUUAAUUAAAAAUUAAUGUAGCUUAUUCACAAUAAUAAAGCUUCCUAAUAAUAAAGAUUUAGUGCAAUAAAGGUGUUAUGUAAGUUAUUCUAAAGUAUUCCUUAAUUUGUCAAUAUAUGCUUUAAAGAUUUAAAUAUUUUAGAAUUCAUAAAGUUAAACUUACUUGCAUAAUAGUAGGAAGAAGAAUCUUGUGUUUAAACGUUCUUUUAAUAAUUUUUAUCAAUACCAGAAUUUAAUGGCUAAUUAAUUAAAGCAGUAAAAGACAUCAUCAAUAAUAUCUUUACAUUAUCUGAUAUCAUAAAACCAGCAGGAUUUAUUCAAUUGCUUUAGAUGUUGAAGAAAUAUGCCUCAUAAGACUCAAAAGAAUAUUAUCCUUAUAUAUUAAGCCAUUUAAAAUAAAUUGCGAAGUUUAUUCACAAAGUUGAUUCAUCACAUUUCAAUAAGUUGAAUCAAUUUUAGAUUUUCUUAAUGUUGACUGAAGAAUAACUUUUUUCUGAUAGAUAUUAUAAAUUAACCUAAUUUGCUGAAGACACUCUAUUGAUAUCUUAAGUGUUAGGAGAAGUAUAAAAAUAGAUUGAAAUCAGUAAUAAAGAAAAGGUAGACUCUGAUAAGCCUAACAAUUUGAUCAAUAUUGAUAUUAAUAUAAAGAAACCUCUUUAUUCUAUCAUUGUUUUUUCAAGAUAAACUCAUUAUGACGAAUAUGUAAUUGAUCUCUUAUCAUAAUAUGAUGUUCAUCAAUUUUAAUUAGUGUUUAAUACACCUUAAAUAAGUUGUAGAGUAGUUAGAGUGACUUUGUAUAUUGGUUAAACAAAUUAACCUAUUUUGGAUGUCACUUUACCAGAUUGGCUUCUUGUUUAAUUAACAAAAUAUGCAGAUUAACAUUCAUCAAAUAUGCCAAAAAGUAAACUUAAUAUGAUAUCAUGGAAUAUAAAGGCUUAGUAAGUAAGAACAUUAAAAUUAUAAAUAACUUAUUCAUUAACUGCAGCUACUCGAACUAAAGAAGAGAGUAACAUUGCUCCAAAGGAAUUAUGUAUAAUUCCUUAAUUCAAAGGAUAAUUGAGUUAAAAUUUAGAAAAAGUUGGUUAAUCAAAGGAUUAAAUAUAGAGUCAAGUGUUGUUUACAGAUGGGGAUUUUGUUUUUGAGAAGGAGUUUAGUUUUCCCAACUCAUUAAAAUACUAAAAAUAUACAAAUCAAGGAUCCAUUUACUUGGAUUCAGCAAAAGUUUUAGGAUUAAAACAAAAAUAUGUAAUAUUACAAAUAAAGGAAUCAAAUAAUGUAAAUAGUCCUCAUUCAUAAAUGCAAUCAUAAUAUUAUAGAGCUUUACUUCUUUAAAAAUAAAAGGAGUUAAAGUAAAAGCUGCAACAAAAUUAAGGCAAAGAAAAGAUUCAAGAUACAAUUUAAAUCAUUAGAAAAUUAUAACUUGAACUAAUCCAAGAUCCAAAUUCAAAUAUAAAUCUAAGUAAAUCCUUGGAUUUCUUGUAUACUUAUGCUUAUGAACUUAUAAAGAUUUUAAUUCAUGCUGAUUCUACAUGUCAAUAAUGGAGAUCAGACAUGGCUCUAAAAGAAUAGGAAGGAUUGAAGAUGGCAUAAUUGAUUUAUAAAACCUUUGUUUAAAUGAAUUAAGGUCCAAUCACAGAUCUAAGUUUUCAAUUACUUAAUAUUCUUUUAAGUAAUUUGAAUUUAAAGUAUUGGAUUCUAUUUACAUUUGCUUAAUAUCAAAAAAUUGAUUAAGAUACUAACAUUCUAAAUACAAUGAAAAUACUUCACAUCCCAAUAUGCCAAACUAUAAUGUAUAUUUCAAUAAUUCUAAGUGAAAAACAGUAAAUAAAACAAGCUCAACAAUUAAUAGGAUUAGUGUUAACUAAAUUGGUAGAGAAGCAAUUCAAUAAUAAGGAGUUAGUUGAUCCAUAAAUAUAAAUAAAACCAUUAGGUACUCUAAGAUCAACAAGUAGUUAAGAUUUAGAGAUUGGGUAAGUGGAGAAAUUAACUGAUGAAUGUUUCGAAUUAACAAAACCAAAAGUUUUCUCAACUCUUUUUUGCAUUAUGAAAUGGACAUUACAAAAUUAAUAACAAUAUUAAAUAUAAGAUGUAUAAAAUCUAUUUCUUAAAACAUGCAAUGUGUUGAUGAAAUUGAAUAAUGAUGAUUUAAUUUCAUUUGUGACAGAAAUAACAAAUCCUACAGAUCCAACAUAAUCAGGAUUAUUCCAACUAUUAGCUAAUGCAAUAUAAUCAAGUGAUUCUAAUACACUGUUGAAUUAAAUCAAACAAGUUAUAGAAAAGUUAUGCACUCAGUAAACAUAUAAAUUAAUAUUCUAUUUCUUCUAAAUUGUAUUGAAUGCUAUAGUUAAAUAUGCAAAUGAAAAUCUUUCAAUAUUUUCAUAACCAUUAGAUGGUUCAGCUUGGUUUUAGUUUUUGUAAUUUGUGGUUGGAUAAUUAUUGCUACUAUCAAAUAUGAAUCUUUAAUAAGGGGAGUAGAGAUAAAAUCAAAGGAAAAGAUCUAUUAAAUAUCAGGCUGCUCAAACAUUUUAAGAAUUUUCAGAAAAAUUAGAUGAAGGAGGAUUUAUUCAAAUUUGCAAUAUAGAAACAUUAUCUUAAAUGAUAAGAUUCUUGAUUGAACCAAGAAAAAAUUUACUCAAUAAUGAAACUUUAGAAAAUUCAUUAACAUAUUGGGGUUUAUUAUUAAAUUUAAUGAGUAAAAUUCCAACUUAGUUAAUUAUGGAACAUAAGAUAUAUGAUUAAUUAUUAUCCAUUUACUUGAAAUUAGAUAUAAAUAAAUAAGCAGUUAUAUAAUUUAGAUUUAUUGAAAUGACAAAAUCUAUUUUAGAGCAUACUUAAAAUACAGAGUUUAAUAGCAAUUUAAUUAAAUAAAUCUUUUAAUAUUAAGGAACUACUCUCAUAGAUGGAUUAUUAAAUAUUGUGGCAUCUUAAGAUAGGAAAAUUAAUGCAUCCAUAUUUAAAUUGAUAUUCUCAGAGACUGCUCAGUAUUUAUAUAAAUAUUGUAAUGUUGGAAGACAUGAUGGAGUUUAUAGUUGUGAAUUGUCCUUACUUAAAAAAUUAUAAUUUGGAAACAAAUUGUUGUAAUUAAUGAAAAAAGCUGAGUGUCCCAUAAAAGUUUAAAUUUUAAUAUAAGAAAUACCUUAAUAUGGAGAAAUAAUCAAUAAAUACAUUCACUGGUAUAUGCUUAACAAGUCAAAUGUACCUAAUGUUACUCCUGCAACUGAGGUCUUGGGAAGUAUAAGUAAAUAAGUGAGAUAAAUAUUUGAUUGGUUGUAGGCAGAUUAAUAAUUAACAACAGAAUCUUUAAUUCAAUUAUUUAAAUUUUAGAAAGAAUUUGAUGUUGUUGUUUAAGAAUAAAUAAAUCAAAUGACAAAUAUUUUAAGUUAUUCAUUAAUAAAACAUACCUAAGAGAUCUUUGAAGAGUUAAAUGAAUUAUGGAUGACUACUGAUCAAGUGGUUAGAGAAAUAGCUAUAAAUGGAAAUGGUUUUGAAUAUUUACUUGAAAAAACUCAUUUGACUUCUUCUACUUUUGAAGAAAAAACAGAAGCAAGUGAGUAGUAACCACAAGAAGAAGAAUUUGCAAAUAAGCUAGUAAUGAUUGAUCCUUUGAAACCUAAAGGACAAUUGUAACCAUAAGUGAAGGAUUGGUAAGUUAAUAAAAAAGGAGUCAAGGCAAAAGUUCAUGUUUUAACUCUCAAAGACGAAUUUUCUGAAGAUUAUGUUCUUGAAUUCUAAUUGGAAAAAUCAAUUGAAUUAAAAUAAAUUAAAAUUGGAUUUUAAGCUUACACUCCAGAAUAUAAUGAUAGAAUUUUGGGUAUUCCAGAUAUUGUAGUAGUUGAAGUAAAGAACAAGACUUCAGAUAAUCUUUGGUAUCCAAUUGGUAUAAUGACUUUAAUAGAAGAUGAAGCAUAUACUUAUUAUAGUGUAAAAGUGAUGGCUUUAAAUGUUUGGAGAUUAACUGUUUAAGGUAAUUUAAAUUAACAAAUUAAAUCAUUGGGUCAACAACCAAUUUCAUUUAUAAGAUUUAUUAUGAAAAAGCCUUAAAUCACAUUUUUGGAAUAGAUUUCCUAAUUAUCUUUCAAAUAAUAUAAUAAUAUUUAAAUUGGUGUGAGUUUCAUAUCCAUCACAGGAUAUGAUUCUGCAAUCAAUAGAAACAAGUAAAUUUAGACAAUUUAAGAGAAAACUGCCAGUAGAUUAUUAGGAAAGAUGUGUUCCUAAAAGUUUAGAAAUACUUUGUUUGAUAUCAGCAAUAAUUAGAAUAUUGUAUAAUAAAUAAAAAAGAGCUUUAAAAAUAUAAGUUAGGCAUUGCAUUCAAAUGAAUCUACAUUGUCACCGCUUUUUAUUGGAUUGACUAAAUAUAAUCCAGAAUUUGGAGAUUGGGUAUUGGAAUAAAUAAUGGAUAUCACUUUAGAAUGGGCACAUGCUAAAUUAACAGCAGAAAUUGUGUUGUAAGACAAAGAUAAACAAUUAGAUAGAUUAAAGAAAUUCUUAAAUUAUAUUUUAAAUUAAAUCAAAUAAAUUAGUUAAAUUGCAAAAUCAUAAGAUUAAUUCACAUAACUUACCCUUUUAAUUGAAGCCUUAACUUAUGCGAUACUCAUAUCAAGUAAGUAAAAGAACAAAGAUUUAAUAUUGUUAGAAGUAGAAGAAGAAGACUUUUUGAAUAUUUUAUAAGCAGUAGAAGUUACUAGUCAAUCAUAUGAACAUUGUAACAUGAUAAUUAGGUUGUUCAUAACUCUCAUUAAAUUACCUCAACCAUAUGUUUUGAAUCUUCAAUUAUAAUAAACUGGCAUUAUUGACAUGACAUAAUAGUUAUUGCAAAAACAGUCAUUAUAUAAAUUAAAAUUGUUGUCUAUAUUAGUACAAAUUAGUAAUGAUGUUGUGAGUCUUGUUAAACCUUAUAUACCUAAAAUUUUUGAGUAAACAAUUGAAUCAUUAAAAAAGACAGACAAUACAACCUUAUCUGAUUACUUUUUCUUCUUUGAUUCUUCAGCUAAUGUUAUUGAACUCAAAAAUUUCUAUUGUGAGAAUAAUUAUCAUUUAUAAGUAUAUGAAAACUUGAAAGUAACUAACCCAUCAAAGACUUUAUUAAAAUAAAUUGAUUAAUUGACAUUAAGUCAUAUAGUAAAUUUUAUUGGAAAAAUAGCAUUGUCAACACCAUAAGUAAUUGGUUAAUUGGCCUAAAAAUUGAUAUUGGAUAUAAAUUUGUUAUCCCAAAUAGUAGAUAUCAAUUAUGUUGAAAAUGUGCUAAUACCAUUAUUAAAUUUUGAGGAGAAGAUCGAUUUCACAAUUGAUAUAUGGGAUAAAGAAAGUUAAAUAUUUGUUGGAGACAUAAGAAAAUUAAGUUCUCUUCACAUUUAAGAAGAUGAAACUAAUGAAGCCAGUGGAUCUCAUGAAUUAAAUGGAUUUUAGGCAAAAGAAUUCACUCCUUAAUAUUAUGAUGCUUUAUAAUCAGCAAUUUAAAAAGUUAUAAAGACUAAUUCUUUGAAAAAAGGAGGUAGAUGGGUAAAAGAAAUGGAAUUAUAAUAAGGAGGAUCAUAUUUCCAUAAGACAUUGUCUACACUUUAAAAGGGACCAUUUUUAAUUCUUUUAUUUGGAAAGAACAAUAAUCAAAAUGAAAAUUGUAUAAUUGGAUUAUUCAGCACUUAGAAAUGUGGUAAUUUAGUUAGUGAAUUUUAACAUGAUUAUUAUCCUGGAGAAGUUUAUCCAAUUCCAGAAAAUGGAGAACAAUUUGGAUUUACUUAUGAAAAGGAUAAGAUAUAUCAUCUACUAAAUAAUGAUAGAAAAACAUUUGGAGUUGGAAUGGAUCAUGUGAAUGGUGGUUCUUUCUCAUUUUUAUUAGAAAGAAUUAAUUUAACAUUUUCUGAUGAUUAAGAAGUUUCUAGUAUUUCUAUUGGAAUUCAUGAUUUUGAAUUAUUAGAAUAAAAACCAGAAGAAGAUUAUUAUUUUGAUGAUUUUUGGAUGCAAAGAAUGGAAAUUUGGAUAUAUUAAUAACCAUAAUAGGUAUCUAAAAGCACUUAAAAGCCAUUAUUCAGUGGAUAAUAAGGUAAUUAAUUGAUAGAAACUAAUGAUACUUCUACUUUUGGUUAUGGUAUUCUAAGUAAUCCAAUUUUAUAAGAUAAGUAUUUUGCAAAAUAAUCUGUAUUUAAUUAUUUGAGUGCCACACCUGUUUAUUCAAUUCCAGGAAAUUGUAAUAAUACAAACAUUUUAUAAUGCAUUUAUGUUUCUAAUAUGUAUUUGAAUGAAUAAGCCAUAAAAAAUUCAUCUAUUAUUUAAAUGAAUGGUACUUUAAUAUAAUAACAGAUGAAACCAUUCCCAACAUUUACAGUUGAUGGUUUAGAAUUAUUAGGAUAAUUAAAUUCACUUACAGAAACUCCAUUAUAAUAUUCAUCAUCAUUAAAAAUAUUUGAAUCAUUUUAGAAUUAAGAUGGAGUCAAAUAAAUUAUAUUGGCAGUUUAAGAUGCAACUAAAAAGUGGUAAAAUUAAGAAUUAACUUAAAUUUGGAAUUCUUAUGUAUCUGAAUUGAGUGCCUUUUGUUCAGUUCCAUAAUUUUUCAGUUACUUUUUGAAAAAUAAAAAAUCUAUGGAAUUAUUAUUUUAAUUAUUAGCUGGUACUCCAGACUAACCUAAUAGUGAUUAAAAGGCUUGGAAAGAAAAAGAAAUUGAAGCAGUUAAAUUUAUAUAUGACACUUUAUCUGAUGUAUUUAAGACACAUAAUAAUUAAGAAAUUAGAAUUAUUGCUAUUAAGGAUAAUUUAAUAUAGAAGAUCUUAGAUAAAAUUGCUAUUGUUAGUAAGGAAAAGAAAAGAGUUUAUUAAGCUAUUAUUGCUGAAGAACCUUAACAAUAAUAAUAAUAACUUUAAGUAUAAGGAGAUAAAUCAGUAGAUAGAAAACCAAAAAAGAAAUAAGGUGUUGGUUAUGGAAGUGAUUAAACUGGAUAAAAUUAAAAAUGGAAUACUUAGGAAUAUUUAGAUAAAAAGAAGGUUAGAUCAGAAUAAUUGAAAUCUCUUUUAGAAAUUAUUAGAAACUUUUUCAAUUAUGAUAAUUGGCAUUUAAAUUAGGAAUUAUCAUAAUUAAUAAAUGAAAUGAUAUUUGAAAGUGCAUUGUUAUCUUUAUUAGAGGCUGCUUUUAGAUCAGGUUCAUUACUGGAAAUGUCAAAAGAUUUCGAUCUAAAUUUAUGUUAUCUUCAAUUAACAAAAACAUUAGCUAAACAUAAAAACCUAACACCAUUAUUAUUAAAAAUACCUCCUAAUUACAUACCAAAAUAAAUUGAAUCUAUAGCAUAAUUAUUAAGUAAUCUAAAGAAUAUUGCCUAAAUAUUCUUAUCUUGUUUAAAAACAAACGAAUUGUCAGAGAAAGAUUAGAUUUCAAAACAAAUUGCAACUAUAAUACUUGAGACAGAUACAUGUGUUUAAGAAGCAAUAGAAAGAUUUUAAUGUGAUGAUUCAGAUAAUGAAUAAGAAGAAGCAAAAGAACAUGAAUUGUUAGAGUUACUCAAAUAACCAUUAAAUGAAGCUUAUAAAUUAUUGUUAAAAGACUUAAGAUUUGAUUAUGUUUCAUUCAAAGGAUAAAAUUAACAAUAUCAACAUUAUUAUGAAAAAUAGAUUACAUAAGCUCCAAUUCCAACACCAGCUAAAUUGAUUCGUUUAGCUUAGGAAUUUGCUGAUAUGUCAAAUUCAUUACCAGUUGAACAUACUAAUUCAAUAUUUGUUAGAGCUGAUAAGGAUAGGGUUGAUGUAAUAAAAGCAUUAGUAAUGGGAGCAUCUGGAACACCAUAUGCUCAUGGAGCUUAUUUAUUUGAUAUUUACUUUGAAGAUUAAUAUCCAAAUACUCCUCCAAAGAUGAAUUUAUCAACUACUGGAGGUGGGAAGAUUAGAUUUAAUCCAAAUUUAUAUGCAUGUGGUAAAGUGUGUUUAUCAUUAUUGGGAACAUGGAGAGGACAUGCAUCUGAAAAUUGGGAUCCAAAAUUAUCAACCAUUUUAUAAGUUUUAGUGUCAACCUAAGCUAUUAUAAUGUCUGAAGAUGUGUAUUUUAAUGAACCAGGAUUUGAAGGGGAAGCAGGUUAAUAAGAUGGUGAAAUGAAGAAUGAAGCCUAUUCUAACAUAGUUAGAUAUGGAAAUAUAUAAUAUGCAAUGAUUGAAAAUAUCAAGAAUCCUCCUAUUGGAUUUGAGACUAUUAUUAGAAGACAUUUUUAUUUGAAGAGAGGAGAAAUAAUGGAAGAAGUUAGGAAAUGGCUUCAAUAUGCAGAACAAAGACAAGCCUUAUAUAUGGGAUUAGUGAGUGAUCAUAAUAGUUAAUGGUGUUCAAUAUUCAAAAAAUCGAAGACUUAGUAUUUGGAAAUGCUAAAAGAUGCAACAGCUGAACUUGAAAAAGCUCUAAAUAGUUUAUAACAACCAAGCAUCAAGGAAAUUAGUCCUAAGAUUAAUUAAAAAAGAAAGAAGAAGUAAUAGGAAAAUUAAGUAAAUGUUUAAAAAGUCAGUGAGGGUAUACUUAAUUUAGAAGAAGUUGAUGUGACAUAUGAUAAAGCUAUUUAAGAGUAAGUGAUGGAUGUAAGUAAUGAAUAAGUUAGAGAUAGAUGGAGUAGAUAUAUUGGUGCAAUGGGUAUUGAUGCUGUAAAGAAAUAAGCAAAUGCAAAGGUCUUACUUUGUGGAGUUGGAUCAUUAGGUGUUGAGAUUGCUAAAAAUGUUGUACUUUCUGGAGUUGGGGUUUUUGCUAUCUAUGAUAACAAAGUAGUAAAUUAGGAUGACUUGGUAGGAUAGUUCUUCCUAUCUUAAUCCGAUAUUGGUAAAACAAGAGCUAUUGCAUGUGUUGAUAAAAUACAGCAAUUGAAUAAUUAUGUACGAGUAAAAGUGAUAGAAAAGGAUGUUCAAUAGUAUAUAACCACAGAGCAAUUUGAUAUAGCAAUAUUGACAGAUGUGUAUGAUUAUAAUGAACUAAUUUGUUGGGAUAAUCUUUGCAGAACCCAUUAGAUUAAACUUAUCAUUACUAAUGCUAAUUCAGUUUAUGGAAGAAUAAUUAAUGACUUUGGGGCUGAAUUCAAAGUUAUUGAUAAGAACGGAGAAGACAUUCCUGAUGUAUUGAUUAAAUCUAUCUCAGCUGAUGGAAUAGUUGAAUUAUUGGAUGGUCAAAGAUCCUAAUUUGCAGAUGGAGAUUCAAUUAUUUUCUUGCAAGUUCAAGGUAUGAAAUAAGGAGAACAAUCAAUCAACAACUAACUUCUUAAAAUACAAACUAUUUCUACUAAGAAGUUUAAGAUUCUAGAUGAUAUCUCUCAAUAUUCUCCUUAUAUAUCAAGUGGAAUUGCUAGACAUGUUAAAUAAACUAUAACAUUUACUAAUAAACCUUUGGAUAUUGUAAUAAACAGUGAUGACUGUUUAGAUCCCAAUUUGAAAGAGAGUGAUAGCAUUAAACUAGUUGAAUAAAGCUUAUUACAUUUAGCAUAUAGAACAUUAUCAUACACCAAUGGAGAUAUUAAUAAUUUGCUUGACUUAAUUAUUAAAUUUGAUAAAGGAAAUUUCAUUCAAUAAAAUUAAAAAUAAGCUAAGUAUUUAGAAUAUUAUCUAAAAAUGUUCUAAAAGACUUUUGCAUUGCCAGCAUUCCCUCCUUUAGCUGCUUAUUUAGGAGGAUUUGUGUCAUAAGAAAUAAUCAAAGCUUUAACAAAUAAAUUUACUCCAAUUAAUCAAGCUUAUUAUUUUGAUUGCAUUGAAGUGUUGCCAUUUUAAAUUUGGGAUGAAAAAGGUGAUUAAUAGGCUUAGAUCUAAAAUCUAGAUCAAUUAUAACUUACUGGAAAAGAUGCAUUAACUAAAUUAAUGGGUGAAGAUGUUUACUAGAAAAUUAAAAGUACAAAUUUAUUCAUGGUUGGAUGUGGUGCUAUAGGAUGUGAAUUAUUAAAGAAUUUUGCCAUGAUUAAUUUAAGUAUUGAAGGAUAAAUUACUAUUACAGAUCCAGAUCAUAUUGAAACUUCUAAUCUCAAUAGAUAAUUCUUAUUCAGAGAAAAACAUAUUCACAAACCUAAAUCAUAAACUGCAGCUGCAGCAGUAAUUCAAAUGAAUCCUCUUCUCAAAGGUAAAUUGGUUGCAAGAAUGGACAAGGUUCAUGAACAAACCGAGAAUAUUUUUAAUGAUCAAUACUUUGAGUAAUUAUCACUUGUUGCUAAUGCUCUUGAUAAUGUUUAAGCAAGAAGAUAUGUAGAUCGUAGAUGUGUUAAAGCUAAAAUUCCCUUAUUAGAAUCAGGUACUUUGGGACCAAAAGGCCAUGUGCAAUGUAUCAUACCAUUCUAAACAGAAUCAUACAAUAGUAUGUAAGAUCCAGUAGAGGAAGGAGAGAUUCCUUAUUGUACUUUAAAAAUGUUCCCUGAAGAAACAUUCCAUUGUAUAGAAUUUGCUAGAGAUAAAUUUAAUAAGCUAUUUUCCUUAAAACCAAAAUUAGCAUAGAACAUAAUAGAUAAUUAAUAAUUUAAUCCAUCAAAUCCAGAUGAAAUUAAAUAAUUAAAAUCCACUAUUAAAUUAUUAUAAUAAACUCCAACUAAAUUAGAAGAUUGUAUUCAAUGGGCAAAAAACAAAUUCUAAAAAUACUUUAUUAAUGACAUUAAAUAAUUACUAUACACAUAUCCAAUUGAUGCCAAAACUAAAGAUGGUUAACCAUUUUGGAAAUUACCUAAAAGACCUCCAAAAUUCUUAAAUUAUGAUAUUGAAAAUCUCAUCAUUGUUUAAUUUAUCUCUACUAUGGCUUUCCUAAGAGCUAAAUAAUACAAUCUACCCACACCAUCUGACUGGAGAUAAGAGAAAAAUAGACUUGAUGUUGCUAUUUUAGGUGAGAAGAUGACAAGUAAGGAAUGGAUACCCAAUGAUUCCAAGAAAAAGGAAAUUGAAGAAUAAGUUUUGAAAUUGGAGAACAAAUCAUAGAAAUAAUAAGAAGAAGAAUAAGAGACUAGUAUUAUUGAUGACACCAACAAACUAUUAGCAUAACUCUAAGAUUUAAGAUCAGCUGGGUAUUAAAAUAUUAUAUUAUUUUUAGUAUUAAAUUGUAAUCAUAAGAAUUUGAGAAGGAUUGUGAUAUGAAUGGACAUAUUGAUUUUAUUCAUUCUCUUGGAAACUUAAGAGCUUUAAAUUAUGGUCUUGAUGAAAUGGAUUGGAUUACUGUUAAAUUAAAGGCUGGAAGAAUAGUACCAGCUUUAGCCACUACUACUGCAGUGGUAUCAGGAUUAUAGACAAUAGAAUUAGUCAAAGUUUUAAAGAAAUGCAAACUUGAAAACAUGAAAAAUGGAUUUAUUAAUUUAGCUGUUCCUAUAGUAUAGUUGACUGAACCUAUGAAAGCAGAAUCUAUCAAACUUAAUGAGGAAGUGAAUGUCACUUUAUGGGAUAGAUGGGAUGUCAAGUUAGGAAAAGAAAUUACCUUACAAAGUUUAUUCGAGCAUUUAAAACAAACUUAUCAUUUAGAACCAAUUAAUGUUUUCAAGCAAUCUUCUGUCAUUUAUAUGCAUGACCUUCAUAAAGGUUAAGCUGUAUUUACAUAACCAAUUAUUGAUUUGCUGGAUGUAAAGGUAUACAUUUAUAAUAUAUUUAGAAUGAUUAUGUUGAUUUAGUAAUUAAUUUUGUUAAAGAUGAGCAUAUCUUAAAGAAUGUCCCUGAGGUUAGAGUUUACUUUAACGAAUGAU